UUAGCUAUCAGCAACAGUUAGCUAGUCGUGUUAUUCAUGUUGUAACUAAAGGACGCUAAGAGCCAAAAUGUCAGCGCAAACUUUAACAGUGACAGUUGCAUACGGAUCUACUAAGCACAGCAUCACAUUAACUGGCCAGGAUGAUGGUAAGGGCCCCAUUGUCAAAGACCUCUCAGAUGCUCUCGCCCAAGCUACCGGAGUUCCUCAAACCUCACAGAAACUCAUCUUUAAAGGAAAAUCCCUGAAAGAUGCUGAUGAGAGUCUGUCGAGUUAUGGAAUAAAAGAAGGCUGCAAACUCAUGCUGAUUGGAAAGCGGAACAGUCCUGAGGAAGAGGCUGAACUGAAGAAGCUGAAAGACAUUGAGAAAUCUGUGGAACAGACGGCCAAAAAGCUGGAGAAGGUCGACGGGGAGUUGACUGGACUCAAGAAUGGCUUCCUGGCCAAAGACCUCCAGGCGGAGGCGUUGGGUAAACUCGACAACAGAGUGAAACUAGCAGCUGAACAGUUCAUGAAGAUCCUGGAGCAGAUCGAUGCAAUGACCGUCCCAGAGAAUUUCAAUGACUGCAGAAUGAAGAAAAAGGGACUCGUAAAGACGGUGCAGGAUUUCCUGGCGCAGUGCGACAAGAUCGAGGCUUGUAUAUCAGACCACCUAUCAAAGAUCCAGUCAAAAAAUCUGGCCCUGGCGGAGUAGAGCUAUGAAUUCUCCCAUAUUGUGUGCUAUACGUUGCUCUGUGAGCAAAUGCAAAGUGUACAGAAAGUGUGUGUGGAUGCGAUCCUUAUCUAUUUAUUGUCGGGUUGAUGUGUGUGAGAAAUCCAUCAUCACAGAGAAUCCUGUAAACAGGAGGAGGGAGGUGAUACCGAGAACAUCUGGGAUACGUUCUCUUCUCCUCGAGAUUUUGUAACCACAGUCGCUCUGUAAAAGGAACAGAGGUGUGUUGAAUUGUGGCAAAUUAUGUGGAUCCAUUUAAAGUGUCCGAAAAAUUGCUGACUAGAACUGCCACAGCCAAAUUAUCAACAAUGACGUCAGAAAACUAGAAUUCACCCGUUCAUCACCCAGUAUCUCACAAAUUGUACAAAAACAGAGAAAACUUUUUUUCUUGUCUUGAUGUACCCACUGUGGUAUGCACACAUAAGGCCAAAAGUAUGAGGACACUAAUAAGUGUUAAAUGCUAUGUUAACAGCUUCCAUUCUUCUAGUAAGACUUUCCACAGGAUUGUGGAAGCUGACUGCAGUGAUUUGCUCUUAUACAGCUGCCAGAUCAGUGAGGUCAGGCACUGAUGUCGGGAGAGGAGGCUCACAGUUGGCGUUCUAGGGCAUCCCAUACGUGUUAUGAGGUCAAGUUAUAGCUUUGUGCAGGCACGUCAAAUUCAUCACAAAACUGGGAAAACUGUUCCUUUAAGGACCCUAAUUUACACACAGGCAUUUUCAUUUUGUACUAGGAAAGUGUCCUUCAUGAAGUAUUGUCAGUGUUAGGUCCAUUCGAGAUAAAUUUUGCCUCACCUGGGCUAUGAACAGCCCCGACAAAAAGUAGCGAAACAAUCAUUCAGAUGAAAACGGUGGUGUGUUUUGUAUUAUGCAGGUGCCUUUUAGUAUGGUGGGGUUUAAUUAAAUUACAUUCAAAGUGGCGUUAUUUGCAGUGAAAACAUACGUUUACAUUGCCAAACAAGCAUGAAUAUACACCAAUCCCAGCAUGCCCUUGGUGCUGCAGACAGUUUAGAACAACUGAGGUACCUGGCUCUUGUGAAAUUGUUGACUUAAGUCUACAUGAUAUCAAGUCGGGAUCAAGACAGAUGCAAAUCAAACCAGCGUGCAUUGUGUGGCGAUCGAUUCUUUGCAGGUCUGGCUAAUCUCCAAUGAGCCUAAUGUCUAAUUUGCCGUUGUUUAGGGAUUAGGACUAAAAAACUAUAAUCGAAACCAUUUAAUGAUUGGGAGAAAAACUUUUUGUGAUGUUAGUCACAUAAAAAUGCAAAAGAAAUUCCAGCGUCUCACUUGUGAGGACUUGCUGCUUUUCUUCAUCAUAUGUGAUAGAAAAUGUAGGGCAUUUUUCAAAUUUUAAAAAAUCAAAGCGUUAAUAAAUGAAGUGAAAAAAUAUCUUAGUCGCCCUAAAGUAAAAAAAAAUAUA